CUCCGCUCCCAUCUGCUCUGCCGACUCUCCAUCAGCUUACAUACGACCUACAUACACUCCCGCUUCAACACUUACGUACAGCAAUUGCGUUCUCGACCUUCCACUGCCUCCUCAACGCGGCUCGGUAUCCGGAUACGUUCUCGGCAUUCGCGCACUCCGUUCGUACGUGGCGACGUCCCUUUUCAACGCACCUCCGCGUGGCCCAUCCCCGAGCCGUACUCCAGCUUGCAAUUUGACGCCGGACUGCACCGAUAGAUAGCCCGUGACCCCCUCCGAGAGCUUUCCAGAGCUACCGUCGUUGCUGCGCUCAGCUCGGCUACCCAUCGGAAAGCGCUGUCAUGUCGUCCAUGCGCGGGCUGGUUCAGUUCAUCGCGGACUUGAGAAACGCGCGGGCACGAGAACUCGAGGAGAAGCGAAUCAACAAAGAGCUGGCAAACAUACGGCAAAAGUUCAAAGAUGGCGGACUGAAUGGUUACCAUAAGAAAAAAUACGUCUGCAAGCUUCUCUAUAUCUAUAUCCUGGGAUGGAACGUCGAUUUUGGCCACCUCGAAGCCGUGAAUCUUGUCUCCGCGACGAAGUAUUCGGAAAAACAAAUUGGCUAUCUCGCCGUCACUUUGUUUUUGAACGAGAAGCACGAUUUCUUGCACCUGGUUGUCAACAGCAUCAAGAAGGACCUGCUGGACAACAAUGAGCUGAAUAACUGCUUAGCCUUGCACGCCAUCGCAAACGUAGGAGGGAGGGAGAUGGGAGAAGCACUCAGUCCCGAUGUUCAUCGCCUGCUGAUAUCACCGACGUCGAAAUCGUUCGUCAAGAAGAAGGCUGCCCUGACGCUCCUCCGAUUGUACCGCAAGUUCCCCGGUAUCAUCCAGAAUGAGUGGGCGGAACGCAUAAUCUCCAUCAUGGACGAUCCCGACCUCGGUGUUGCAUUAUCGGUAACAUCGCUGGUCAUGGCUCUGGUGCAGGACAAUCCCGAGGCGUACCAAACUAGCUAUGUGAAAGCUGCCCAUCGGCUGAAGCGCAUUGUCGUUGAUAACGAGUACACCCAAGACUAUAUAUACUACAAGGUCCCUUGCCCAUGGAUUCAGGUUAAGCUACUAAGACUUCUCCAAUACUAUCCACCUUCAGAGGACGUCAGCAUCCAAAACAUGAUCCGGGAAUCGUUACAAAAUAUCCUCGAUACUGCGUCGGACACACCCAAAAAUGUGCAACAGAAUAAUGCACAAAAUGCUGUCUUGUUUGAGGCCAUUAACUUGGCUAUUCAUCUGGACUCGGAGACCGGCCUGAUGACCCAGAUAGCCGUCCGACUUGGCCGAUUCAUCACUUCCCGGGAAACCAACGUCAGAUAUCUGGGGCUGGAAGCCAUGACGCAUCUUGCCGCACGCUCGGAGACAUUAGAGCCAAUAAAGAAGCAUCAGAAUACUAUCAUUGGCUCAUUACGGGAUCGCGACAUCAGUGUUCGGAGGAAAGCCCUCGACCUGCUCUACAGCAUGUGCGAUCCUACGAACGCAUCCGCAAUCGUUGGAGAACUCCUCAAGUAUCUGCAAGGUGCUGACUUCGCUAUUCGGGAGGAGAUGGUGCUGAAGAUAGCUAUCCUGACCGAGAAAUAUGCUACUGAAUACCAAUGGUAUGUCGACAUUUCUCUUCGCCUCAUCAGCAUGGCUGGAGAUCAUGUGAGCGAUGAGGUGUGGCAGCGAGUGAUUCAGAUCGUCACAAACAACGAGGAGCUCCAAGUAUAUGCAGCGCAGAAUAUAUUGCAACAUCUCAAAGCUGCCCAGUGCCAUGAAACACUGGUGAAGAUUGGAGGGUACCUCUUGGGAGAAUUUGGCCAUCUCAUUGCAGACCAUCCCGGAUGCAGUCCCAUCGAACAGUUUCUGGCGCUUCAGUCCAAGUUCAAUGGAUGUUCAUCCAUCACUAGAGCGAUUUUACUCUCCUCCUUUGUAAAGUUCAUCAACCUAUUCCCGGAGAUCAAGCCGCAACUCCUGCAAGUUUUCCGCGCCUAUAGCCACACCCUAGAUCCCGAGCUGCAACAACGAGCAUGCGAAUACCUCGCGCUUGCGACAUUACCGACCGACGACCUGCUUCGGACGGUCUGUGACGAAAUGCCGCCGUUUCCCGAGCGUGCAUCGGCACUCUUGUCCAGAUUGCACCAGAAGCAUGCGGGAACCAGCGACAAACGCACUUGGGUCAUAGGAGGCAAGGACGCGAACGUCGAGAAGAAGGAAUUCAACCUCACUCUGAACAGCGGCCUGAAACGGACGUUUACGAACGGAGCGGGCACCCCGACCAACGGCGGCAUGUCCAGCCCCGUGAAGCCAAGUGCGUUGACUCCGACACAGGAGCUCGCUGGUCUCGAUCUCAAUGGUGACACCGCCACCACCACCACUACCAAGAAGCCACCAGUGAACCUUGCCUCGGCGGCCCAUCUGAGUCCCGACUGGGAAGUUGGGUACAACCGCCUUCUGAUCAGACCGGAAGGAGUUCUCUUCGAAGACGGACAGAUACAAGUUGGGUUGCGGUCGGAAUACCGGGCACACAUGGGCUGUAUAAUCCUUUACUACACCAACAAGUCCUCCGCUCCAAUCGGCUCCUUCACCACCACCGUCAACAACAACUCUCCUGGCGCGCUGGUAGUAAACUGCUCCAACAUCCCGGACACCAACGUCGCACCCGAGAGCCAGACGCAGCAAACGAUCAUGCUGGAAGCGCACAAGAUCUUCUCCGAAGCGCCGACCAUCCGGAUAUCGUACCUCGCAGGGGCACUGCAAGCGCUCACGCUCAAGCUUCCGGUCGUGCCCACGAAGUUCAUGGAGCCCGCCGCGCUCUCGGCAGAGGACUUCUUCAAGCGCUGGAAGCAGAUCGGUGGCGGCCCCCGGGAGUAUCAGAAGGUGUUUGGGAUUAGGAUCAAGGGACACCGGAUUGAGCCCCCGCGCACGCGACGGGUCAUCGAGGGGUUCCGCUGGGGCGUGCUCGAUGGCGUCGACUCUAAUCCGAAGAACUUUGUCUGUGCCAGUGUACUGCAUACCCUCGAGGGCGGGAAGUUUGGCUGUCUUUUGAGGGUCGAGCCAAAUCUUGAGACUGGGAUGUACCGUGUCACCGUCAGAGCAACGGACGAAGGAGUGCCUCCGAUCUUGCUCAAGGUUAUGGAGGGUCGUUUGGCAUUGGGAUCCCCGCCUCCUGACCACUUACGGUGAGGGGGGAGCGGGGGGGUUGUAUGUGGGGGGGCGUAAAGUUACCUGCACUUUUUGUAAUGUUCCAACACCCUUCUUUUCCUACUAUCUGUUUCUGUACGAGCUACCUACAUUAUGUAGCUGCUUCUCUUUUUCUCUCUCUGUCGAAGGCGGUACAUCAUUUCCUGGGUUGCCCUUCUUUCUUUCUCUUUUUGUGCGUAAUGGAUUCUUCUAUUUAAGCUUUGAGAGAGUCCCGUACUCUGUAUAUCCCCACAAAGGGUUUGCUUGGGGGCUCAUUGCAUUGUAUGAUACUUGUAAUCCCGUCUGCUAUGACGGAAUUCUAGUACAUA